AUGAAAGGAAAACUAGUAUAAUCCUUAAUUAAUCUAAUGCCAAAUCAGUAUUAAGAAACAUUGAUUAAAUGUGUGUUUAUUAUUGGAUUUGAUAAGUUAAUAAAAAAGGGUUUUCUCAUAAAUGGUAAACCUAAAAUACAAGAAAUAAUAGAUUAUUCAAGUAUAUCAAAUAUUUAAUUAGAUAAAUUGUAAGCAACUGGUAGAUUAGAUUUUGCUUAAUAACCAUGUGAUGUAAGAGAAGAAUUAGAUCAUUUAAAAGAUGAAAUAAAUAAGUUGACAUAGUAAAUAUAAUAAAAUAACUCAAUAAUGUAAAAUUUUCAUUUAUUUGAGUUAAAAACAAACAUAAAGAAGUCAUGAUAGAAUAAUAUUAUAAAAUAUAUCUCCACAAUAUGAUGAGAGAAAAAGGUCUCUAUCAGUUGGCUAUAAAUAAUAAUAAUAAUUGAUAUAAAAAAAAACAAAAGAAAUAACCCCUAAAAUCACAGAAACAAUACCCUAAACUAUCAAUUAAAUUAACAUAACAAUUUCUAAACAUCAUUUAGAUGAUACAGAGAUUAAAUCAAUAAUGAGAGAUAAUUAAAUUAAAGAAAAACCUCCAAAACCUAGUAAAAUGAAUAAUGAUUAGCUUUUCAAAAAAAAUAAUUAGAUAGAAUAUCAGCAUAUAGAUACAGAAGAACAUCCUACAUAUGAAGAUACUGAGAAUAUUCCUAUAAGAGAACAUCAUAUUCCUUAGGUUCUUUAAUAUUCAAAUCUUUAAAAUAGUUAGUUAUCAUAGUAUUAAUAAUAAUUAUAAUAAUAAUCAUCAUAAUCAUAAUAAUCAUAAUAAUCAUAAUAAUAAUCAUAAUAAUAAUCAUAAUAAUAAUAAUAAUCAAAUACUUUCCAAUAAUAAACAUUUUAUCAAUAAUAAGCAACAUAAGUUUAAUAAUUAUAAUAAUCAUAAGUUUCCUAUUAAUCAAAUACAAGAUAGAGUGAUCACUAAUCACAUAAUACUAAUUAAACUUUUGCUUAACCUUAGCCAAGCUAAAAACAUUUAAUAUAACCUUAAAAAUCUCCAAAUAGUUAAUCAAGAUCUCCAAGUAAAUCUCCAAAAUAUAAAAAUUAAUAAAAGCAAUAUUGUAAAAAAAAUUUAGAAACUGUUGAAGAGGAGAGUUUCACUUUAUUAAAACAUUAAAGUAGUCAUUCAGCUUCAUCAAAAGGAAGAGGAUCUUAUAGAUAACAGAAAGUCUAACAAAAUAAUUAAGCUGUCUCUAAAAUUAAAGCCUUACUAGAUUAAGAUAAGAAAAUAUACAAAUAGCAUUUAUUAGAUGUUGCAAGUGAUAGAAGAUCUUUUAUUAAUUCAUCUGAUAAAAUAAAUAAAUUUACAGAUGAUAUUUAACCUGAGCAUAGCUAAACUAAAAGUUAAGAAAUUAAUGAUUAAGUAAACAAAAGAACUUUUUCAAAUAAUAGUUUUUAUAAAUAAUAAUAACAUCAGUAAAUUUCACCAGUAUUAGAUUCAGAAUCUAAAUCUCAAGGUUUAAACCCAUUAAAAUAGUUUUAAGGAUCUGUUUCAAUGACGAAUUCAAAUCGUGUAAGCAAUUUCAUAGUGAAUCCAUAAAUAUAGGAUGAUAUAUUAAUUUACAGCAAAUAAAAGUAAUAAAUACUUGAUUAAUAUUCUCCUAAAUAAAAAAAUUAAAUAAGACCAUAAAGUGUAGGAAAAUAAGAAGAGAGUGACUUUAAAAAAUCGAAUGAUUUCAAUAGAAGUUCAGUAAGCAGUACAUUUUCUAUGUUUAAUCCAAAUGAAGAGCUAAAAACAUUCUUUUAGAAUGAUUUUCUAGAGAGGAAACGAUAUAUUCCUUAAGGUUACAAUGAUAUAACAAAAUAAGUAUAUUAUUCAUAAUAAAAUAGUCAUCUCUCAAUUCUUCUUAAGAUCAUAAUUAACAUUAAAGUAAGUAUAUAAGUGCAAGUCAAAUUGAAGAACAACAAAACUAUAGCAAGAACAUGUAUAGUCCUUAACAAUAUCAAAACAUUGAUAAGUCUAAUGUUUUCAAUAAUAAUAGGCUUAGUGUUACUAGAAUACUAAAUAACUCAUAAAUUUGA